AAUUAAGUCAAACACGGCUUCGGACAUGGCGUUGAACGUCGACGUAGAGAUCUGGCGGUAUAGUGCGGAUUCAUGAGGAGAGCCGCGUCCGAUGAAUGCAACACUGAACGAAUCUUGGAGGGGAGCUCGCCCUCCUCAUACACAUCAGAGUCUGGUAACAAUGAUAUCCCCAUUCCUUAUGCUGGAACGCUAGCCCCAGCUAUGCAAGUAUGACAUGAUUGCCUAAAGACGCGAUGAAAAACGCUUUCUAUCACUGAACCCAUUCAGAUAAUCGAACAUGCAGCAUACCAAUUUGCAUCGAAGGACUAGCAGUGGCUCCACCGUGAAGGGCACCCUCAACGCCCAACCGGGGCUGAACAGUGGUACACAACACUCUGCGCCCCCCGCUCAGCCAGUCCGCGCAACACUCUGGGUCCACGAUGAUAACUUCUCGACUGAGGACGUGCUCAUAAACGAAGCUAUAUUAGAGGGUUCCAACAUAAAGGAAGGCAGCUUGGUUGAGAUCUACCCGGCCAAGGAGGCAUCCGACAUACGCGAUUUCCAGUCUCCCAAUUCUGAGAAUGAGGAUACUAGGCGGACUCCGGGUGAUGUGGAGCACACCUUUGAUCGCGGCACUCGCUAUCUCUGCAUUGCCAAAUUUGCACCAGCCGAGUUCAAAGCAAAACAGGCCAACCUGCAGGUCUCGAUCAAAAGUAACCUUGCACAAGCAUUCGGCCUUCGAUCGCGCUCACAUGUAUGGAUCCUGGCGUCAUCAUUCGAAGAAUGUACAGCCUCACAUGUCGAGUUCAGCUUCAGAGAUGUGUAUCUGGCAAGAUCAGAUAUGUGGCGACUCGUUGGCCAAGAGUUGGCAGGCCGAACAGUUUUCGCAGGACAAAAGAUCACUUUCAUGGGAAGCACAAAGCUCACGGUGAAGUCCAUUCAUGUACACGGUCACAAGGUACCAACAGCGUACUUUGCCGGAACCACCAUACCUAUUUUCCGAAGUGAAGCAGCUCGUUAUGUCCUGUUCAUUCAGAUGUCCAGUGAAAUGUGGGAUUUUGACUCGGAAGGACACGGGGAGAUCAUGUUCAACCGGGUAAUCAAUGGGUUCCUCCCUGACCUUUUCAAACGGUGGCAUGACCUGGAUGUCCGGCAUCUGGUGAGCAUUGUUCUCUUUGGACGUCUCGAGUACGAUCGGUUUGAUCUAGCCAGGAAUAAAGAUCGAAGGCUCGAGAAUAGUACAGCAUCAGGAGGCCCCAAUAUGACCGCUCGCCAAUACCAGGACUUCUACAGGGUGGUGGUUACUGAUAUGGCUAGUGCCCAAUGGACGACGAUCUUGGACGAACUGAAGAAAGACUUUCGUGUCUUCCUGCGCGACAUUUCCUUGCAUACUUCGAGCAGUCAAGGAGUUGAUGCCGGAACUGCAAGUUCCGCUACUACUCGCAUAGCCGGGCGGCCAAGCACGGCUCUGAAAGGAAAUAUACUGGAGGCAAUAAACAUCGCCUCGAACCAGUUUGCCGACGACUACAUUGAUCGAGAUCUGAUACGUACCGGAAUAUCAGUAGUGGUUGUCACUGCGGGGACGGGUGUCUUCGAAGUCGACAGAGACCUUCUCAACUUGACUUCACAGACUUUGACGAAUAACGGCGUGGGAAUCGACAUUGUCUGCCUGUCGAAGAUGCCGCUUCACUCUGUGCCUCUGUUCAAAUACAGGGUCACUGGAAAGGAAGACAUCUCAUUUAAUGUGCAUGCUGCAGAGCUUGCUGAAAGCCCCCGGAGGUCCGGAUCUGGACCUAGCUUCUUCGAUUCCAGUCAACCUAGGAAGUUAUCUCCUGCCUUGUCUUCAACUGCGACAAAUAGCACUCGACUUCUUGCUAGCUACGUAUCUGGACAUAACGGCGAAAACGCUUCUGGAUGGUAUUUCGGCAUUCCACAGUGGAUUGACCUCUCUUAUUGGUCAGCUGAUGCCGCCACGACAUUAACUGAACUGGCACAAGAAAGUCAACAACAACAACAUCCUACCAAAAUCGUCAAACGGAGGAAAGGCCCUUUUGUGCCUCGCGUGAGGAUGUACGAAAUCCAGAUGAUGGGUCUGAUGGAGCUGGGUAUGGCAGACAUGAGUAUACCUUAUAUCAGUGAGACGCAAAACCUUGUCCUUAGUCGGUCUAACCGCAUCCACUCAAAGAGAAGGCGGACCAGCGGCAUUGGAAGUCUUUCUCGGUCUCCAACAAUGUCACGCAAGGGACGGCUUAGUGCCGAGCCAGCCCGCCCAAACCAAGGGUUGUUGUCGACACAUGCGAAAGCUUUGGGUGAUGUUUUUGACCGUAUGGAUGUUUAUGAUGCAGGCCUGUUCCAGAAUCAGGCGGUGCCGCCUCUGAAAGUGAGAUCUCUAAGGCAUGUGUCGACGCCACCAAGCAGUUCCACCCGGGUGACCCCACAGUUGCCGAGCAAGAUUAUCACCAGUGGAGAGGAGGCAAGGGCUGAGUCCAAAUUGACGAAAAUCCUGACAAACAAGUCUCUCAAUUCUCCGUUCAGACCGCAGCUGCCGUCGCUUGCGUCUGUGGACGGGUCGACAAAAUCGAUCUCGCAGAAGAAGGUCCCGGAACCCCCAAAGGUUAACCGUAACCUAAGUUACUCCCUGCGAGGCCUUGCUCCACCGAUUCGAGCUGUCGCAAGUACGGAAGUCAACACCACCAACAUCCAGGCACAGCCACUUCUUAGCAAUCCUGGGCACGCGCGACCCACAGUAGCGACCUCGGCUGCUAGUAUCCGAUCUGUGUCUACAAGUGGCAUUGUGGGAGAUACAGAUGCGUCGCAUCAGAUCGUUGGGGAGCAACAAGGGGCGGUGCGUUCCAGUGGGACACCAUCGAAGCCGAUCUCUAUUAAUACCCCUUUGCGCAAGCAUCUUGGCGAGAUGGUUGGUUCACACAGGUCUAAAACAACAUCGCACAGGUAUCCAGAUGACCUGGCCGUCACAGGAGAUACUCGAGCGGACGAAGCGGCGGAAAGCGGGUCAUCAGUCUCCUCCGCAAGUGACAAUGGAAACGACGGCGACAGCACCGACCAAACUGGCAGUUGGAUGGGCACGUCUCUAGCCAGCUCGGUCCCUAAAAGCAACGUCCCUUUCAUCCAGAAUGUGAAUGCUUCGAACCCGCUGAAACGAGACCCAAACAGGGGCUCCUUGUUUGGCAAGUGGCAACAUCUUUACCCGCGAAAGCCACGCACUGCCACUGUCAAAUGGCGAUCGCUGUGUACUCCUGCAUCAGUUCCCCUCACGACCGAAGACUUCCCAUCGAAGCACGAACUUGACACAGAAUACGAGGUUGCUAGUUAUGAUGUGAAGCUGGGGAGCACAAAUCAGAUGCUGGAGAUUCCUGAGUCCCGUGACACGUUACUACAAGAAAUGAUGGCUUUGAGGUUCUCCCACGGCUAUCAAUUGAUAGUGGGUCAAUCUUUGGUUGAGGCGGUCGGUCCUAGGACUUAUGAUACGUCCUCGUUCUUCACACCUGAUAUCGUGCGUCCGGACGGGUCUUUCAUCUUCAUGUCAAUGGGCAGUACCAUUCAGAAAAUAUCGCUCGAAGAAGCAGACCGCGUCCGGGUGACGAAAUUUGUGCGUAAAAUCCCACAGGUCCAGCCUCCUUUCCCCCAGCAGCUGAAGUACUAUCCAAACAUCAAGACCAUCUUGUCAGACACAUACAAUAUUCGAGACCUGGAAUUCAACAGCUUCACUGAACAAUACCCUUGGGAGGCCGCAGACAAGUAUCUGGCAGAUUUCACCAAGCAGACCGACGCGGACAUCCAGGCACUUCGGUUCUGGCGCGCCCGCUUUGUUCUCAUACCAGUGGAGCCUCCUGCAACUGCACGCAGACCAGCGCCAUCCGACAGCGAAGAAAAUGAGGAGGAGAUCCAUCUACGGGGAAUCCGAGCCCUGACUCAGAUGUGGCAAAAGGCUCGCUACGUGCCGCCGGACGAGAGAAGGCCUGUUCACAAUCGCCUGAGCACCAUGAAAGCGAAGGAUCGUAAUCCGCUGAGAAUCAAUCUGGAGACCCUCAAUCCUUCCGAGCUGGUAGCAACAGAAUUGGACAAGCUCAUCGCGGCCGAAGAAGCAGGUGAACUGCAGACAACCCAACUUUUGCCGGAAGAGGAACAGUUUGACAGAGACUCGUUCAAUUUGGCAAAAUUAGCACAGGCCAUACAAAGCGACAAAGGGAUCGAGAUCAAGAACAGGCGAUGGCAUUGGCGACUGCACUACAGUUGCUUCUCCGGCGAAGACUUGACGAACUGGCUCGUUCACAACUUCAGAGAUAUUGAUACUCGCGAGGAAGCUGUUGACUUCGGCAACGAACUGAUGACGGAAGGUCUCUUCGAGCACGUCAACAGCCGACACAAGUUCAAAGACGGGAAUUUCUUCUACUCCAUCAAACCCGAAUGGCGGAUUCAGCGGCCAGAAGCGAGACAGUCCUGGUUCCCAGCAAGUCGACGAUCCGAUCGAUCAGUUCCUCCGACUCCUAUCUCAGAACAUCCAGCGAGGGAAUUGGUUUCUGGACGAUCAAGAUCAGGCUCCAACCUGACCUUCCAAGCACAGAUAGGAUCAGAGCUUGGCAAGUCGCUGGGAGACCGAAAAAGACGAACCGUAACCCUGAGCAAAAUGAUCCGGAUUGACGUCGACCACCGCAAACGGUCGAACCGGCCCGAGAUCAUCAACCUGCAUUACGAUCGACUGCAUAACCCGGAAAACUGCUACCAUCUCGAACUAUCCUGGUUCAACGUGACUUCGAAGCUGGUUGACGAUGCAAUUGUCAACUGGACGACUCAGGCCGAGAAAUACGGUCUGAAGCUGGUCGAACUACCGAUUUUGGAAGCCUCCAAGAUUCCCGAACACGAACCUUUCCGUGCUCCUUAUCGCAUCAAACUGUCGCUCGAGCCUCCUCGCCGAAAUUCUCCGGCCAACGUAUACUAUACCGCUACUUCAUUCGGGCCUCAAGCCGCACUGAAUUCGGAUAAUCAUUUAUAUCAGAAAGCCCUACUGAAACGGUUCAAUUUCGUGCUCGAUCUCGAAGCGGUCUCUGAGUUUCCGGAGAACGUCGAGAUUCAAUACUCCUGGGGCAAGCUCGACUACCGGUACACGCAAUUUGUGCAUCGGUCAGGCAUCGUUCUCGCCCAGAUCACGGACGAAGGUGAUCUUCUGCUGCUGGCAAAUCGACUCUACAACUCACGCCAGGCCUUGACCAAUCAGGCCGUGUCAAGAUUCGAAAACAUCAAAAAAGACGCCACGGCCAACUUGAAUUCGACUUCGGGCUCGACGCUGCUCCGCCCUCCCAUUCCAGCAAGCACACACUCGGCGCCGCCAGCACCAUCAAUGCAGGCGUCUGGAAUCAUCGGACUGAACGUACAAUCUCCUCAAACCGGGCCCUUUGCAUCGCCACUCAUCCGCCCCGUCUCAGUGGCAACUAGCAUUACCACAUCUCUUAGUUUGUCGAACAACAACACCAACAACAGCAGCACCUCGAAUUCAAAUAUUGACAGCAAUUCACCGGCGGCGAACAAUUGUGCUGGUGCUGGUGGUGGUGCAGGUGGCGAUAACCAUCAUUAUCAUCACCACCAUCAAGUCCCAGUUCAGCAGCAGCCCCAGGUCAUAGCCGACGUCUUUGCAACAGGCGCCGGCGGCAUCGGCGGCGGUGGUGGUGGUGGUGGUGGUGGCGGGGCCACUAGCAGUACCAACCGUCGUGGUGGGCUAGUCAGAUCCGGCAUCGCGCAAUACGUCACGCCCGAGCAGAUCAAAGACGAACUCGAGGCCUUCUGUCAAGAUCGUGACCGUCUCGAUGCCUUCUUCCGCGAAGUCACGGCCACGCUGCCAGCGCAGCAAGCCGCGCUGAAGGAGCGCGAACGGGAGCGUGGCAAGGCCGGCAACAGCGGCGGCACGAGCUCGAGUCUGCUGCGGCCCAUUCGAGAGCCAGAGUCCGAGCGUGGGAUUCCGGAGUUCAAUUUGCCAGAGGCCAUUGGUGUCACUCUGAAAAAGGGUGCGGUGGGGAAUGGGACGAAUUGAAAGAGACUACAGUGUACUGUAGGGCAAAGUCAAGUCAAGUCGUAAUGAAGACAAAGACACUUACUGUAUAUAUGUAAACAAAUCCAGAGAAAGCGAUGUUUUAGUCGUGUCGCUCAUUCAUUCCAUUCCAAUCAUUAAAAGGUAUACCAAUGCCGAAUAAAUAGUCCGAAAACGGCUUUCU